GGCUGACCCACCCAGUUUUCCCCUCCUCGUGCAAAGACAUGGAGGAGGGAUAGAACAGGGUCCACCAAAGUUUUACGUCAGCCGCGGAGGUGCGGGACGUUUCUCCUGCGAGCUCCGCGUUCCGUCGAUGAUUGAUUCCUCCUGGUCUUCAGCGAGGAACCUCUUCCGCCCGCCCGCCGCUUGCGCUCGGUUGCGGGAGGCGUCCUCGGGAGCUAAUUAAAGCCGCCCUUCGCGCCGCUCUUCCUUAAGUUCAGCCGUCGGAGCCUCAGAGCCUCUUGGAAAAGUCCUGGCGUGCUGUGACUGGGCGGACGAUGCCAUGGCAAGAUCCCAGCGGAGACAAGCAGGGGCGGCGGGGAGAGAAUCCGCGGUCCUGGAAAAUACGCUUCCAAGCCUAACUUCGGUGGCGGCGGCAAGCAGGGAAGCACCAGAAACGGCAGGGAAGGGGGCCUUUGCUGACCAGGUCCCGAACCGUAAAAAGAGACGCAGCCUUCCUGUCCUACUUUUGGCAGCCGGCUGCAUUACUGGUGGAACUAGACGUAUCGCGCACCCCUUCCACUAAGAAGAGAUCGAACCUCCCUGGCUGUCGAGAGAGGAGGGGGCUGUGUGCCUCGGCCCCUUCCCGCCUCGUCCUGCUCGCUUUCAGAGACGUUGCUGAAGCUGAGACUCUCGCAGCCACCCAUUGCUUGGAAGCAGGACUGCUCGGCUGCGGCCGACGCCUCCGGACACCAGCCCUUUGCUGCCCUUCCGUAUGGCUGCAGAGCGUCUGCCUUCCGAGGCCACCUGGGCCAGCUGGCUGGACGAGCCCACCCCAGCCUGGCAGGGUGACCCCGUCAGCGCCAGGCCCAGCACAGGCGCCUUCGAACUUGGGAUGCAGUUCUGGAUCUUCAACCGCAGCGGAGAGGAGACCUCACCCCCGUUUCUGACCGAUGCUUGGCUCGUGCCGGUCUUUUACGCCCUCAUCAUGCUGCUGGGCCUGGUGGGGAACGCCCUUGUCAUCUAUGUCAUCAGCAAACACCGCCAGAUGCGCACAGCCACGAACUUCUACAUUGCAAAUCUGGCUACCACUGACAUCAUAUUCUUAGUGUGCUGUGUGCCCUUCACUGCCACUCUCUAUCCCCUGCCCAGCUGGGUGUUUGGCGACUUUAUGUGCAAAUUUGUCAACUAUUUACAGCAGGUGACCGUCCAGGCCACCUGCAUUACUCUGAUGGCUCUGAGUGUGGACCGCUGCUAUGCUACACUGUACCCGCUGCAAUCAUUGCGUUAUCGAACCCCCCAGGUAGCCAUGGCUGUCAGCUUUGCAAUUUGGAUUGGUUCCUUCAUUCUCUCAUUACCCAUGGCUAUGUAUCAUCGUACUGAAAAUGGCUACUGGUACGGUUUACGAACCUACUGCAUUGAAGCUUUCACAAGCAAGAGCCAGGAGCGUAGUUUUAUCCUCUACACUUUCCUGGGUGUUUAUCUACUGCCUCUGCUCACUAUUUGCUUCUGCUACUCCAUCAUGCUCAAACGCAUUGGACGUCCUGCAGUUGAACCAGUGGACCAUGAUUACCAGCAAGUGCAACAUCUCUCUGAGCGCUCAGCUGCCAUGCGAGCUAAGAUUUCCAAGAUGGUUGUAGUGAUCGUACUCCUUUUUGCCAUUUGCUGGGGUCCUAUCCAGUUCUACCUGCUUUUUCAGGGCUUCUAUCUCCAUUUCCAGGUGAACUAUGAGACCUAUAAGAUUAAGACAUGGGCUAACUGCAUGUCUUACGCUAACUCUUCCCUCAACCCGAUUGUUUAUGCCUUCAUGGGAGACAGUUUCCGCAAAUCCUUCAAGAAGGCGUUCCCCUUCUUCUUCCGCCAGCGUGUACGGGACAGUGGUAUGCCUUCAGGCUCCCAUAAUGCGGAGAUGAAAUUUGUUACUGAAGAGACCUAACUUCUGUGAUGAUGAAGAACUUGCCUUGUUUCCUUCCCAAGAAAGGAAGUUCAGACUGACAUGUUAAAAUAAGAUGGUUAUUGACUAAGGCAAAAAUGGAAGGUAAUUACUUCUGCACCACCUGCACAAAGCAGAAUUUUCUGGACUCUAAGCCAGAUAAAUCCCAUAAUGGUAAGAACUAGGGAUUCCAUACUAUUCAUGGUGGAUUUUAAUUUUAAGUGCUUCAGGAACCUGCAGUGCUGCAUUAAGCUUCAAUGCUGACAGAAGCAAGCCUACUGUUUUGUAUUUAUGGUAAUCUUUAGAAUAUUGGUUCUGUGCAUGGCAUGGUCACUUGGAUUUAUCCAGUCUCUGGGUGUAAAAUGUGAAAAUAAACUUUUUGAAA